UUUGUCCAUCUGUCAAUUCUGUUGCUGCCAGGUGGAAUUUAAAAUUAGGUUAUGUGGAUUUUUUGUUCAAAAACCUUAUAUGUUAAGUGAAAAUAAAUAAUCGAAAAUGAAGAUUUAUACAAACGAAAACAAUACUUCCACACUGAAGCUUUUAAUUGCCGCAAAUUUGGCCGGGAAGAAAGUUGAACUCCAAAAUGCGAGUUUCGGAGACGAUGUAUUCGCAGGCCCGCGCCAGCUGCCACUACUCGAGGUGGACGAACAGCUCACCUUCUUCUCCAGUAAUGCGGCCGCUCGCUAUCUCUUCCCGGUUUUGGACUUGGACAACGGCCGAUGCCAACAAAUGCAAGAAUGGGAAGCAACACGUCUCCAGCCGUGUGUGGCGGCAGUAGUCUCCGGUAAAGUGGGUGCGGAGCUAAAGCAAGUCCUCAACUCGCUGCUGCUCACACUGAAUCAGCUGUUGGCUAAACAUAAGUACAUAUUAGGGGAUAAACUGACAGCGGCGGACAUAUCAAUAUGGAGCACCGUGUACCCGCUGUACUAUAACGAAGAUCUGAAGCAGUUCACGACGGAGUACGGCCACGCCCAGCGCUGGGUCCAAGACUUGGCUGCUGCUAAAGCAGUACAGGAAGCCGUAAAACAAUGGAAUGGUUCGCCGAAGGGGCCGUAUGGUGCGUCGUCAGCUCUCGGCACUCCGCUAACACCAAACCUACUACCAACUACUGGAUCGCCAGACGAGACAGAGAUAGCGAUAACGGCAGACGAGAUAGAAUCAGCCAAAGAUGGCUGGUACAACGGAAUCAAUAAACUCGAUCCGCCGAUAAAAAAGGACAAAAUUAUAUUACCAGUGAAAGGCCGUAAGAACAUCCUAAUAACGUCAGCGUUACCGUACGUCAAUAACGUGCCACACUUGGGAAAUAUUAUCGGAUGUGUGUUGUCUGCUGAUAUAUUUGCCAGGUAUUGUCGUCUAUGUGGAUAUAACACAAUGUUUGUGUGCGGGACGGACGAAUAUGGCACCGCCACGGAGACGAAAGCUCUUGAAGAAGGCGUGACGCCGAGACAGAUCUGCGACAAGUAUUUCGAGAUACACGACGCGGUGUAUCGCUGGUUCAACAUAAGCUUCGACUAUUUCGGUAGGACCAGCACGAACGAACAGACCAAGAUUUCUCAGGAACUGUUUCUCAAGCUCAAAGACAAUGGUUACGUCAGCACGCAGUCAGUAGACCAGCUGUUGUGUGAGAAGUGUGACAGAUUCCUAGCUGACAGGUUCGUGGAGGGAAUAUGUCCUCAUCCGGGAUGUUUGUACGACAACGCCCGCGGCGACCAAUGUGAUAAGUGCGGCAAGCUUAUCAAUGCCACAGAACUGAUUGAGCCGAGAUGUAAAGUGUGUGGUACAAAACCUGUGUUACGUGCGAGUGAACAGCUGUUUAUUGAGUUAUCUAAGCUAGAGCCGUCUCUAAGAAAUUGGAUCAGCCAAUCGGAGGCGCGCUGGUCGGCGCCGGCCCGGGCUGUCACGAGAUCCUGGCUGAAGGAGCCGCUGCGGGCGCGCGCGGUCACCCGCGACCUGAAGUGGGGCGUCUCUGUGCCUGUCGAGGGGUUUCAGACCAAGGUGUUCUACGUGUGGUUCGACGCGCCGAUCGGUUACAUGAGUAUAACGGAGAUCGCGACCAAACAGUACGAGAAGUGGUGGAAACCGGACAAGGAAUGUGAUGUAAAACUGUACCAAUUCAUGGCCAAAGACAAUGUUCCGUUCCACGUGAUAAUGUUCCCGGCGACCAUAUUGGGCAUCGCCGAGGGACAUCUACUAGUCAGCCAUAUCUUCGCUACAGAAUACUUAAAUUAUGAAGAAGGGAAAUUCUCAAAAUCUAGAGGAGUAGGCGUUUUUGGUACUGAUGCUCAGGACACGGGGAUACCAUCGGACGUGUGGCGCUUCUAUCUCGCCAGCGUGAGACCUGAAUCGUCCGACUCCAGUUUCAGCUGGGUCGAAUUGGGAACCAGGAACAACUCUGAACUCCUCAACAAUCUUGGCAAUUUCUGUCAUCGAUCGUUAAGUUUCUGCGCGUCUAGUUUCAAGGGCGUGGUGCCGGAGUUGAAGACGACGCACGCGGAUUUCGAACUUAUGGCCCUUGUCAAUAGGGAGGUUAAAGCGUACGUUGAAAACAUGGAAAAGGGUCGUCUCCGCGAUGCCCUGAGACAUGUGAUGUUGAUAUCGAAACUAGGAAAUCAACAUAUGCAAAGCCAACAGCCGUGGGUCCUGCUCAAGGGAUCCGACGAUGAUAAAGUCCGCGGUGCGACAGCGAUAGGCCUGUGUUGCCAACUUGUAGCGCUUCUUUGCGCGUUGUUGGCGCCCUACAUCCCCGACGCGGCUAAGAAACUCCGAACUACCCUCAAUUUGAACGAGGACCAACUGAGAAUAUCUCCAAGCAACCCGUCGUUCAUACAGUACCUACCCCCCGGACACACGAUCGGGAAACCGGAGCCGCUCUUCGCCAAGAUCGAGCCGGAAGUUCUCGAGAAAUUGAGGGCGAAGUACGCGGGGACACAGAGCGAGAGGGCUGAUAAGCAGAAUGGAGUCGCGGUCGAUUCUGUAGCCGAUUUAGAAGCUGCCAUUGAUGCUCAGGGCGACAAGGUGCGAAAACUAAAAUCAUCGACAAAAGACAAAACAGUGUGGCAGCCUGAAGUAGAUAAAUUGUUACAUUUGAAGAAACAGCUGGCUACAGCUCGAACUCAAGCUGCGACGCCGGCCGGCAGCGAUAGUGUUGCCAGUUUAGAAAAAGCUGUGGCUGAACAGGGCGACAAAGUGAGACAACUAAAAUCUUCAACGAAAGACAAGUCUGUGUGGCAACCGGAGGUGGACAAGCUGUUACAGCUGAAGAAGCAACUCGCCGCAGCCCAGGCCGCGGCGGCGCCCUCUGGCGGCGACAGUGUUGCCAGUCUAGAAAAAGCUAUCGCUGAACAGGGAGACAAAGUAAGGAAGCUGAAGUCUUCGACCAAAGACAAAACCGUGUGGCAACCGGAAGUGAACGUGUUACUGGACCUGAAGAAACGAUUGGGGGCAUUACAAGUGAAGUGAACGGUUAUAUAGCGGUUAUUUUUAAAACAGCAAUAAUAAUCUCGCGCAGGACUUGACAGCUGACAUCGUAAACAACCGACGAUUGGUCGACGAGUUUUGAUAAUUCGUUAAAAUUUUACCUUCAUUAAUAAAUAAAUCUUUGCAUUGUACGUUCCAAUGUUGAACACUCAAUGUGGAUCGAGGGCGAGGCGGGCGGGUGAGGACGGCGGCGGUGACGCGCAAACACGGAGUUACGAAAUGUAAGGGCAGGAAAAUAAUAAUUUGAAAAAAAUAUUAUCUAAUGUAUUUGGUUAUAUUUAUUUAUUAAAAAAACGCCCGUUUUGGGGCUUGCGAAAGAUAUUAGGUAAUAUGAGUUUUGACUCGUGGUACCACCGAUUUUGUCCCGCUGUUACUUGUGAUACUAAUCUUGAUCUAUGGCAGUAGAUAUACCAGCCUGCUAACGGGUCGCCUUCCACCUGGAUCUCGUCCAUUUUUUUUACAUUAAUUGUUUAAAAAGAUAACGGCGCACAGGCUCCGGACUCAAGUCGGCCGUCGCAAAAAAAAAGGUGGUUUUAACACAAUACUGCCUGCAAAUAUGAACAAACAAUUCGUUUAUUUGCAUAAAAUGUUGGUACAAAAAGUUUAAAUCAUAAUAUAUGUCCCUUAUAUAUUUUACUUUUUCGGAGGUAUCAUUUAUGCAAAAAAAAAUAUGACUUUCUCUAAACCAUGGUUCGUUUAGUUCCGGAUCACCCCUGGAGAAACUCUUAACCUAACCCCUGCGUCUACUAAAAAAUUUAAAAUUUGGAAAAAUAAAAAAUUUGGAAAAAUUUUGGAAAAUUUUAGUGUACGCAGGGGUGUGAGGUCCACUAAAAUUUUCCAUCUAACGCCCUGCGAGCUACCUCCUGCACACAGAAGUAGCUGCCGCGGCCACAGACAAAGCCGCGUCGGUGGCGUCGUAUGCUCCACACAAGUUUAGCCGAAUCGACACACUAACAAUAUUGAGUUUUAUCACAACUUGUUGUGUGCACGAUGUCAGCUUGAUUUAGCAGUGAUUUUGUGAUGUCCGUAUGAAUUGAGGAGCUAUUUUUCGUAUCUUAACGGAAUCAUUAUAUUUCUAUAGUAGUACACUUUAAAAUAUCGUAGGCGCGGGUUUUGUAGUAUAAUAGUCUAAUGUCACAUAAGCAUAACGGUGGCUCCUCACUCAGCCACAUCAACCUACCCAAAUUCAUUGCAAACUCGCCGCUAUUACCGCGCCAUAGAGGAUCAUGCGGGGUAACUUGAUGUGCUGUUGACUGUACCUUACGUAUGGUAUUUCGUAUAUGUUUUUAUGAUCUGAUUAUGUAAAAAAAAUUUUUUUACACCAAAAAUAGGAUGAUUUUGAACAAUUCAAAAUAUGUACAACAUCUCUUCGAGGCCUUCCUUGACGGAAUAUAUGAUGAAUAGAGAUAUGAUAUCCUUACAUAUAAAAUAAAGUUCCCCGUCUGUCUGUUUGUACACGAUAAACUCAAAAACUUAUUUUAGUUUUAUAUGGAAUUUUAACUACGGUUUUCACCAAUAGAUAGUGUCCUGAGGAAGGUUUGGGUAUAUAAUGUAUUUAUUAUGGUUUUACCCGAGCGAAGCCGGGACGAGCCAGUAUUGCCCGUUAUCAUAAUGUUUGAACUUGUAACGAUACGAAGUGCAGUAUUUUUUAACUUGUUUGUGAAAAUGUAGGUAGUAGUUUUUAUACAAAUUAAAUAUAAUUUUAAGUUUAUUCUAAAGGCCUGUUCGCGUUUCGAUUAGUGUAUGUACCAUUUAAAUUUGCGUACAUGUAGGAUUAAGUUUUUCUUUUAGCGUGUUGUGAAAAAAAUGUAAACUCAUGUUUUUGCAAAUAAUCUUGCUAAGUACACAAUAUGGACGGGCGCUGGUUACUGCGAGUUGUAUUUCUACUAAACACUUACAUUUAACACUCGCACAUACACUAAUCAGCAUGCGAAAGGGCGAAGUGCGGGUUUUCAUUUCACUUCUCAUUAUCGAGUCGUUUCGAAGUGAGACGCAGCGAACCAAUCACAUUGCGGUGUGGUUGUCGUUGUGUCAUAAUUGCGCACUGUGAUUGGUUAGCGGCGUCUCACUGCGAAUCGACUCAUGGUGAGAUUGAAAUUGUACUACGCACGGGAUAUGAAACUGUCAUUUGUAUAUUUUUGUUUAGAAGCAAUGAGUUUUAAAUAACUGCUGUUCUUGUACAAAAAAAAAAUGAACGGCUGAAUAUUGAAAAGUUGUCCUCAAAUAUAUUGCUGUCUCUGUCACGUUUCCUAUGUAGUAUGAGAGAGGUAGCACGAGACUCAAAAAGAUAAAUAAUUAAAGUGCUUUUCAAUUUAGAUGAUUAGUUAUUUAUUUCAGUCUCUUAUUUUUAACGUGAUAAGGUUUAAAAUAAAGAUAUUAUUUAUGAA